CGCGGUUAGUCGACAGCAUGGAUCCCGUCAAGACGGACAGCGCUUUCUAUCACAAUCUACUGAUCAACAAGUUUCACCUUCUGCUCCACAUCGCCCAGUGCGUCAGCUUUCUGCCCUACCCGUCCUAUGUGCUUCGGCAAGCCGUGGACCGUCGCCAUGGGCUCCGCACGUGGGCGCUACGCUGGCUGAACGGUACGGUGGGCGUCCUGUGCUUUAGCAUCUCACUGCUCUGCUACUUUCUCAUGUACAUCUACUAUCCGGAGCUAAUGUACAAGGGCAAUCUGCCGGCUGUCAUUCAUAUUAUGUAUCACGUGGAAAAUUGGCUACGAGUGUUGCUGGUGCUGGUAGCGCUGGUUGGACCGAGGUUAAGUGAACGCUUCCUUCGCGAAACGAUCGACACGCUCGUGCUGAUAAUGAAGCGUUUCGAUCGUGUUGCACAGAUGCAAGGUGUGCUGGGAGCAUCCGCUAUCAUCGCCAACCGGUUGCUGCUACUGUACUGCUGCCAUACGUUGAUUGUCACCGUCACCGUGUGGAUCAGUACGGAACAUCCAGUGUCGACGCUGCUCAACGUUAACUACCUUGCACCGUACGUGACCAUAGCCGUUUACAUCCUCCUCUACCAAGCACUGCUAUCGUCCGUUGGUGGAAUUGUACGGUGCCUUAAUGAUAGUCUGCGUGAAGUUACACUGCUGGAGAAAAAUCACCCCGAACGCCCAUAUGGCAGGCACACGACCAUCAGCUACAUACAGCUCGACAGUGCGAACCAAGCACAGGCCCACAGUUUGCACGUGACUGUGGCGACCAUCGAAAAGCUUUCCACCUUGCACAUGGGCCUGAUGCGGUUGACUCGCGAAGCUAACAACCAUUUCGGUGUGCUGAUGCUGAUCAUCUUGCUGUCCACGUUCAUCCAAAUCAAUAUGAUACUGAUCGAACUGUACCAUAACAUCGGACAUCCCACGUUGCCGGAGUACUGUCUGUGGAUUUUGUUCCUGCACGCCAUCGUACACUUUACAUUCUUCUUUGUGAUUGCAAAAUCGAACCACGCAAUACAGCAGCAGAACGAACGCACCAUGCUGCUGCUGCACGAGUUUAAAUGUUCCUGGAGCAACGAACAAAACGUGGCGAUUGAACAUUACAUUUCGCAAAUUUCCAAUCUUCAGGAUAUCCACCAAGCCUGCGGGAUGAUCAAUCUGGACAUGAAACUCAUCGCCAACGUUGUUGCAGCGAUUACAUCCAUCAUGGUUGUGCUCAUCCAAUUCUCAGACACUGGACUAUAAAAGGAUCAAUUUUCUUUAGACUAUUUCAAACAAACUUUUUGCUUGCAAGGGUAAUCCUACAAAACAUUAACUUCAAAAUUUUAUUUUGAAUGUGACCGUUGCUUAAAAUUUACGGGGAUGAAGUUUGGAUGGAUGCCUAAAACGUGAAUCAGUUUCAUAAUUUAAAUGUCUAAUACAUUGUUGCUCGAGU